AUGGCAAGAUUAUCAAUUUUCAAAAUUCUUGAUAAUCAUACCGAAUUCUUUAAACUUGUACGAUGUUUUUUAAAUAAUGAUCAACAUUUUAUUGCUGCUCUUAGUAAAGCUUGUGGAAAUUUUAUUAAUAAUAAUACAAUAACAAAAGCUACUCGUAAUACAAAAAAAUCAGCUGAAUUGUUAACUCUAUAUUGUGAUGCACUUUUACGACAAGGAAGUAAAACUACAAUAAAGAAAAUUCAUGAUAUUGUUGAUUUUUCUGUAAGAGUUCUCAGUUCAAAUUCAUGCCCAUUUUCAGGGCUGCCCAAUUUUGUUAUACCAGAUGAACUUAAACGAACAUUUGAGAAUUUCAUGAAAUUUUAUACUGAACAACAUAAUAGACGUAAGUUGACAUGGCUUCAUCAACAUUCCAAAGGAGAGUUACAAAUAUUGUACAAUGAACCAAAAUAUAUUCUACAUGUAAAUAUUGAUUUUAUUGUUGUUUUGAAAUAUAAAAAUGUAUCAACAUAUCAAAUGGUUGUUUUACUUUUAUUUAACAAAUUUCCAACUUGGACAGUCGAACGAAUGCAAGAUGAAACAUAA